UCUUCUUUGUCUCAAAUAGGAACAAAUUUAUAAAAAGGAGAACAAACCCAAAAAGGUUCUUCAAUUCAUAAGAGUUUCAUCAAUCUCUCUCUUUCUGUGUCCCACAGUCACAAGCCAAACAUGCCUUCAUCUUCUUCCUUUUGGACUGUAUCUUCCAUAAACCUUCAAUUCUUCACCAGAAUCAGACGUUUUCUUCAAUCCAAAUCUUCUCGGAAGCGCAACCAAAAGUCCGAUCAAUUUCGCGUAUCAAAAUCCAAAUCAGAGAGCAACGACAAGAAGAAUGAGAAGGCAGAGGUUGAAAAGCUUGAAACGAUUAAAGUUAUGGAGAAACAGAGUGAGAGUAUUGAGGAGGAGGAGGAGGAGAAGGAAGAGUUUUGUGAGAUUUUGCUGCAGCGGUCUGUGAAGAAGCUCCACUUUGGUGAUUGGGAGGAGAAGGAGAUUGCAGCGAAAGAGAUUGAAACUAUGGCGAAACGCGAUGUCAGGGCUCGCAAGCUGAUCAUUGAGCUCGGCGUGGUGCCGGUGCUCGUCUCUAUGGUGGCUUCCGAUGCAUCCAGCCGCCGGACUUCUGCCGUCAUGGCGUUGAUUCAGCUCGCUGAUGGUAGCUUCACGAACAAGGCCAUGAUAGUGGAGGCAGGAAUAUUAUCCAAAUUACCUAAGAGGACUGACCUUAUGGACGAAUCAACAAGAAGUCAAAUUGCAGAGUUGCUUCUGUCAUUAUCAUCUUUGGCAACCACACAAUUCCCUUUUGCAUCACUGGACUUUCUCCCAUUUCUCAGAGACAUUCUGCGGUCAAACUCAAGCUUUGACACAAAAGAGUUAUGCCUAGGAGCCUUAUUCAAUCUCUCAACUGUCUUAGAGAAUGCAGGGCCCUUGGUUUCUGGUGGGUUUGUCCCUAUUCUUUUAGAACUUUCCUCAGAAAAACAAGUUUCUGAGAAGGCUCUGGCCUCUCUGGGAAACUUAAUUGUUACACUGAUGGGGAAGAAAGCAAUAGAAGAAAGCUCAAUGGUGCCAGAGAGCUUGAUAGAUAUUUUGUCGUGGGAAGAUAAGCCAAAAUGUCAAGAGAUUUCUGCUUAUAUUUUGAUGAUUCUUGCUCAUCAAAGCUCAUCACAGAGACAGAAAAUGGCCAACGCAGGGAUUGUCCAUGUGCUUCUUGAAGUGGUUCUCCUAGGAAGCACUUUGGCUCAGAAGAGAGCUUCAAAACUCUUGCAAUGGUUUAAGGAUGAAAGGCAAGUGAGAAUGGGCCCACAUUCGGGCCCACAAACAUCCAGAACAGUCAUGUCCAUGGGUUCACCUAUGAAUGAAAUGGAAGCAAGAGAAGGAAAGAGAAUGAUGAAGAGUUUGGUCAAAGAGAGUUUAUAUAGGAAUAUGGAAACAAUUACAGAGAGGGCAAAUAUUGCUGCUGCAGAAUCUUCUUCUAAGCUCAAGUCUUUAAUAAUCAGCACAAGUUCCAAGAGUUUGCCUUACUGAUUGAGCUUUCUUCUCUUCCAUUUUCUUUUUAGACUUUUCAAUCUAAUUUGUUCUACAGCUAUGGCAUCAUUUAGUAGGAAAGGAGAUGCAAAUGAUGACCCUUUCGGCGAAAAUCUCACCGACAUUUGUAUAUCUAGACUAGUAUCAAUGAAAAGUUUUCAGACGCAAGAGCUUGUGUACCUAUAGGAGUUCUAUUUGUAGGAUAAUAGACUGGUCUGAAACUCAACUUGAAUAAUCUAGACAUUAGCCUGAGUAGGACCCAAUCUAAUUCUAGGCUUGAAGAGAGAGA